AUGGUUACCAAAAACUCUCACGCAACGAUGGUACGAAGUAAUAAAUACGAAGCGCGCGAAAAUUUGAUUUUGAGUCUCGCAGGGCAUUUGGAGUUUAACAGUAAGUUUUUUACCGAAAAAAUGCUAUUUUUAAAUUUGUCUAUAUUUAAAAACUACAAUUAUUUGUAUAAUAUAUAUGUUUUGAGCAGAAACUACUUUAUUUGGUGGGUUUUUCUAUUUCAAUUUCAUCUUUUUAAACAUUUUUUUUCUUCUUUUUUAUAGAUUAAUUUAAAAGAUAUUAACGGAAAGGUACGAGUAUAUUUUUAAUAUAUUUACUGUAUAUGUAUGCUCCUGAGAUAGUCUAAAACAGCCUCUAAUGUAUUUUAAUGAUAAAACAAGUUGCCUGCUAAUUUAUAUUAAGCAUUAAAAAACAGUUUUCAAUAUCAUAAAUACAAAUUGCCUUCUGGAAGAGGAAUUUUAUUGUAGUGUGCUACUAAUGCUAACUGGUCUUCCAUGUUUUCUUUUACAGCAAAGGACAAAGUUUAAAACAAGUAAGUUGAAUAAAGUAAACUGCUUUAAUUGUUAAAUGAAUAUGAAUAUACAUGUAUAAUUUGAAAAAUAUUUCAAAGAGCUUUAUGAGUUGUUUAAUUUAUUAACCAAUGAAAGAACAUUUUAAAGGGGCCCUACAGUAAUUUUUUAGUCAAGGAAGUAUUGUUUACAUUUUUUUGUUAUUGUCGCUACUUGACAUGCGUACUACUGCAUGCAUGCGUUUUCUUGUGUGCGGAAAUACUCAUACUCAUGGAUAAUGCUUGUAAGAUGCAGCCAAACAAAUCCCUGUGGAGUCCCUGGCUUUUCAACUAAAAAAUGACUGUAGGGCCCCUUUAAGAACUCUUCAUUGUAAAUCAUUUCCAACUAAUGCGUAUACUGUAUCUUGUGAAUUUUAGUGGACAAUAAUGAUGACAAUAUUCUUGGUAUGUACAAUUAAUACUGUAUGUAUUUAAUAUACAAUAGCUAGGUUUUAUAUAUAUAUAUAUAUAUAUAUAUAUAUAUAUAUAUAUAUAUAUAUAUAUAUAUUAAUAUACACUCAGUAUUUAUAUUUAUGCGGGUUCACAGAGCCGUGCGAACUGGUAUCUCAAUGGGGUAUCUCAAAAAAAUUUUCCGAUGUUGUGUUUCUGAGAACAAAAGUUGCAAAAAUUUUUCACAACAGUUCUUUUCAACCAAAAUUUUCCAGAAAAUUCCAUAAUACUGUAAAUACAGACCUACCUGGUACAGUAUACCAAUCAACAAAAAAUUACCAGAGGUUAAAUUUCAAUACACUUUCAGUACAACACUGUGUUUUAAUUUUAUUAGAUGAGACUCUGUAAGGAAAUAUAACUUAAAUAAAAACUAUUAAUACUGGUACUGAGAAUGUAAUUUCGUAUGAUCUAUAUUGUAACAUGAUAACUUUAAUUAAUAAAACCUUUUAACAAAACCUUUUUCAUUUUAGAUGUACUGGUUGAUGAUGGUAAUUAAGUUCAAUGAUUUAUUCUGAUGAACAGAAAUUGGUUGAGUCUGAAAGACCAUGGAGAAAAUUUGUGAUUUCUGUUUCGGAAGGCCAAAAAUCUAAUUCUUGUGAGAGAAAGGGGUUAUCGCCCGUAUUCUAAAGCUCAUUCGCACUCAUAUUCAAUGAGUGUAAGUUCAGUCUGAGCUUCUCUUGAGGGUCAACGCUGUUUUUGAAUAGCUGGGGGGGUAGUGUCGUACCUUACUACAGUAUGUGACUGCUCACCCUUCACCUAUUCAAAAACAGCAUUGACACUCAAGAAAAGCUCAGAUUGAACCUCCACUCAUUGAGUGUGAGUGAGCUUUUAGAUUAUGGGUGUAUGUUAACCCCUGAAGUGUCAACACUCUCUCCCUGACAAGAAAAAUUCCUGCCAUCAGACAGUAAAUUUAAAAAGUAGGCACAUCUGGGCGCAUUUCCACUUGGUGAACAUAGUCCAUAGGCAAAUAGUCUGAUAAAUGAACCCAUUAAAUGGCAGCACUCCCUCCCUGAUGAGUAAAAUCAUCUGGCAUUAGACAGAAUAAUAAGAGAAAGUAGGGCACAUCUGGGCUCAUUGCCACUUACAGGGUUAAUUUGUCUGAGAAAAGCCAAGGGUAAUAGAUACAUUGUUUUUUGCAAGAGGGAGUUUUGAAAUAUUUUCUGGAAUGACCCAAUUGAUUAUACGAUUGAUAAUUAAAUAUUGUCAUGUAAAAUAUUUGGUAUAAUUACAGAUAUACCCAAAGGAGUUAACAGUUUUUUUGCAAUUAACUAUAGAUAUGAUGGAUGAAGUUCGUGACGUGGCACCAUGUAAGUUUACAACAUAUGAUAAGUUUAGUAUUAAUUAAUAAUUUAAACAUAGUGUAUUAAUUUUAUACUAAUUUUAAAACAUGAUUUCAUUUCAGUGAAUGAGCAACAGCAGGAUGGCAAUGGUAUAGUUUUUUAUAUACAUGUAUUUGUCUAUCAUUUACAUUCAACGAAUCAAGUUAUUAUUUCAUUUCGGUAGAUAAGGAUCAUCAUUGACCUCGCAAGCCAGGCUCUCUACUCACGCUUCCCUCCCUAACAGAGCCUGGCUUGCAAGGUUGGAUCAUCAUCCAGAUCGCAAUGGUAUGGCCAAUGUUGGGAGAACUUCAACAACCAAUGUAGUAAUCCACUUGUGUAAUUCCAAACUAAUCAGGUGACAAGAAAAUGUACCAAAAGGGAGAAAAAGAUUAACUUUCAAAUAUUCCCUCCAUGGUGAAAUUGUGAAUGUUUUCUGGCAUGCAUGAUACAGGCCAAUAAUAAUCGCAGAUUUCGUAUGAACUUUGGCAACAUUUUUUCUAUUUAACUGUACAUAUUCCUGUAGAUGAAGAGGAUGCAGAGCAGGUUGGAGGACCUGAAGAGGCGGUCCAGCCAUGUAAGUUUAGAAUAUACUGUUACUGUAAUAUAUCCAGUGUUGUUCAAUCAGAAUUAUAGUUAUAACUAAUACUAAUAUAAUAACAUGAUUUGAUUUCAGUGAAUCAGCAACAACAUCAAAAUGGUAUGGUUCUUGAUAUUUACUUAUAUCUGAUACUUUAUAAAAAUCUGUAAUAAUUGUUCUAACAAAAAUACUAUUUCUUUCCAGUUCAUCGCCAACAACAUCAACAACGUGGUAAUAGUAUGCUUUUUUAUAUUGUUUAACCCAUUAAGUGCCAGCGCUCUCCCCUUGACGAGUAAAAUCGUCUGGCAUUAGACAGAGUAAAAUACUAAAAUAGGGUGCAUCAGGGUGCAAUGUGACUCAAUGGGUUAAUUACACCUCUUUAAUUAUUAAUACUAAUCAACAUUUUUUCAUUUCAGUUAACAAUGAACGCCGACAACGUGAAGGUAUAGUUCUUGAAAUAGAUUUAUACCAUUAGGGUGGGUUGUUCAAGGCAGAGUUAGCUUAACCCUAGGUUAACCUAAAAUUCAAAGCAAACUUCCUGACAGCUUCUCUAUAAAUUUGGAAAUAUUUCUUCAGAGAUCUUGUCUGGAUUCAUACAUGUAGGUGUUUAUUUCUUGGAAAUAUUGAAAUAAACAGACAUGCCCAAAGUUAGCCUGACCCCAAUAGUUUAUAUGAGCCUCAUUGUCAGUUAUAUACAUAUUAACUUAUAAGUUUGUUUCUAUUUUUCUAACUUAGGAAAUCAAGCACGGACAAGAGGUAAUAUUAUGAUUUAUUUUUUAUCAGUGAAAAUGAAGCAAUCUGAUUGGCUGAGGAGCCUUUCAGAGCGGGCCGGUUUUUUGCAUCCGACCCACUCUGAAACGCAACUGCCCGCUGUGAAAUGCAACUGCCCGCUCUGGUUUUUGCGCCAAAAACCGAGGAGUGAAACAAUUUUUAAACGAAAAAAUCUGCCAAAAACGUUUGAAAAACAUAGCCUAAUGAUAGUCAGAAUACGAAAAUGAAUUGCAUCAAGCCCUAAAGGCUUCAUACUAAGCACGAUGUUCACGACAAUUGACAAUAUUUUGAUAUAGAAAUGCGACUGAAAGUCGGAAAGUAUUUGACAUGUAUAUAUUAACUUACGUCGAGAAAAUUAUAUAUUUUUUGAAUGCUCAUGUAUUCGGCCACUUAAAAGCGAAAAAUUACAGCUUAAAAGAAGGCUUAACAGCAGCAGUGAAAACAAGUCACGAAUAUAUUUUCUACCCAUUUGUGUCAUGUAUUUUUCACUGAUAUAAAUAUUGUAGGGUAAUGCAGGGCAAAAUGAGACACCUUAGAAUGGAAGGCAUAGCAAUUUGAAUUUUCUUUUUGACUUGGGUAUGUGAGGUUGACUCACAGCAAGAUAUGUAAAGCAAAAAAAAUGUUUGAAUCGAGGAAAACCUAGCAGUGGUAAUUGUCUCAUCUUGCCCCGGCACAGUGAGGCAAAAUGAGACAGGGCUAAAAAUUAAAAAUAAAGUCAAUAUAAUUAUACUUAUUUUAAUAGAACUUUAG